AUGGCGGGCCCGGGGCCCGGCCGCUCCGCCCCGGCGCUGCAGCGGCGCUGCCCGCAGGGGCCCGCGGGGGUGAGACGGGGCCGGGGCGGGGGCCCGCGGGGAGGAGGAGGCGGCACAGAAAAGCCAUUUCUUCCUCGCCGCGUCCCUGGAGUGUUCGGAGAGAUGGAGGGUGGGGGGCCUGUCCGCUGCCUCGGGGUCCAUUGUGAGCGCCGUGCUGCCGCUACCCGGGCAGUGCGGGACCAAAGUGUCUCUGACAGCUCACUGAAAAAUAUAACUAUUUCUUUAUCAAAUUGUUCCUUAGAGUCAGAAUUUACUGAAGCUGGAAGAGAGAAGAGCAUCAGACCUAGUGAUUUCCAGAAAAGUUCAAAAAACUGUGAUUGUUUUGAUGAUGAGCAAGAUUAUUUUUGUGGUUCAAGUGGUCUAGACAUAGAAGAAGACAGCAUUAUUUGCUCUGAAACUGAUGCAGUUCAAAAUGCCGCUAUAUACACGGGAGCAGGCCUCACUUUACCUUCUAAUUUGGCUGCAAAUAACCAAGAAAAUAUGGACCAAAUUAGCAACCAUGGUUUGUUAAAGAAAAUUGUGCAUGGAACUGGUGCUCAGGCAUGCAAUAGGCAAGGUCUAAUACCACCUCACAUCAGUCAGAUUUAUGAUGAAUUAUUGGUCAUACAUCAGAAGCUCCAGAGAGAAAGUUCAGCACAGCAGGAGUAUGCUCUGCAGCUGCAGAAACGAGAGCGUUGUCUAACAGAACAAGAAACAUUGUUUUUUCAACACGAAGCAGCUUUGGCUAAAAUAAGAGGUGUUGAGGAAGAAGUUCACACAAAAAUUGCAGCUAUAAAAGAGCAACAUGAGGCAGAAGUUAAGCAGCUGACAGAAGCCUUGAGAGAGAUAACUAAAGAAAAUAGGAGGCUGAAGUCAUCAUAUGACAGCUUGAGGGAUGUGAAUGACUCUUUAAGAAAGCAGUUAAGUGAUGUAACUGAGUUGAACAAGAAGUUGGAAGGUCAAGCACGAAAAGCAAAAGCUCGUUUAGAAAAUCUACAAAGGAAGCAUGAAUUUUCAAAGGUAUGGAAAUCUAAUGAUUUGUGUCAAGUGAUGAAAGAAGGCAAACCUAUGAAACAGGAAAAAGUGAUGGCAAAAUCAAGAACUGCUACGCUACCAUUGAAUUCACAAGUCUAUGAGCUCUUAACUUAUCUUAUGGAUUGGAUCUCUGACCAGCAUCUUAGCAAAAUAAAAACACAAGAAGAGAGUCAUAAACCUAGGGUUACCCAGAGCUCAAAGAACUUCUAUACUCAGGAAAAGUGUAUGAAGCUUUUGCCUACAGCUGCUGAGCAACUCCAGUGGAUGCCAUAUGUGAAUCCUAAACUGCACGUGUCUGUGAUUAAAUUUAUUUACUGGUCUAUAAGACAGUUAGACACUGAUACACAGCACACAGCAAUGAGAUCAACUAUGAGGAGACUUGGUGAAGAUAUCUUCAAAGGCAUAGUGAGUAAGGGAAACCCACAGAGUUCUUCUGAACAGCCUACAGAAAGUAAAUCAAAGUCAGCAGCUUUCUUCAAGAGUUUAUGUAUGCCUCUGAGGUUUCUGUCGACUUUGAUUGUGCUUAAAACAGUGAAACAAGUGGAUUACCUGGCUCAGGCAUUUGAGUCCCUUCGUGCAGACUUGAAGACAGAUGAAGGGAAGGCCUUAUUUUUGGAAUACCAAUGUGUGCCUGUUGUAUUAAGUCACCUAAAAGUAUCCAGUACAAGUCUGCUUUCCAGGGCUCUUGAUGGAUUACUUCAGAUGACCAUGGAAUCUGGUUCCUUACAGCCUUUCCUGGAAGCCUGCAGCAAUGAAUCCUUCUUCCAGACUUGCUCUGUAUUGCUUCGAAGUUCUAAGCUAGAUAUUGCAGUUUUGGAAAAGCUCUGUGUUAUACUGCAAAAACUCUCCAGAAUAAAAAGCAAUAAGAAGCUGUUUGAAAUGUUUGGUCUUCAUCGAAUGUUCCAAGAACUGCGCAGAACUGUGGAUCCAGGUCACACCUUCCUUUGUAUAAACCUUAAUUCAAUUCUGCUGAAUUUGGAAUUCUUGACAAGUAACUCUCUUGACUCCAGUCUAAGCACAAGUCACUAGCACUAGCUUUCAAUCUAAUUAUUGUUCUGUAUAACUGAUACCAGCUGCCUAUGUUACUUGAAAUUUGGAAGGUUUUUUUUUACUGAUUUGUAAUAAAUACAUUAAACAGCAUCUCAGUACUGUGCAAUUUGC